AUGGCUGACUUACUCACUUAUGCAAAACCUCACCUGCAAGGGCCAAAGCGAAGGGACGGCCUGGGCCUGGGCUUGGCGUUGACCUCCCCGGUCCGCGGACCAGGGACGGGCUGGGUGGAGAGCGCGGGGACGCAGCGCCCCGGGGCGGCCGCUGCCCUGUCGGCAGUGCGGGCGGGGGCGGGGGCCGGGGACCCGGGCGCGGUGGCCCUGCGCCCUGCUGCGUCCCCGGCGCGGCGAGGCCGGGGCGCGGGGGCCGCUAACGCUGUGCUUCCGCCCGCAGACGACCCCGGCGCCCGGAGCCCUGCCGCCGCCGCCGGCCCCGCUCUGCCGCAAGUAGGCGCCGCGCCCGACGACGGCCUCUCGCCGCCCUCGCCGCCCGCCGCGCGCCCGCAGACCAGCCCGGGCCCGGCGGGGGACAGCAAGAGGGAGCACGACGCGAGGAAGCCAAAGCAGCGCGCGGCCGGCGGCCAGAAGAAGCAGCGCCUCGGGGAGCAGAGGGAGCGCUCGGCCAGCCCGCAGCGGGCGGCGCGGCCGCGGCUCGAGGAGGCGCCCGGCCCCGAGGCCUGCGAGCGCCGCCCGAAGCCCCGCGGGUCCGCCGAGCGCGGGCCGUGCAGCGUCCCCGCGCAGACCCAGACUGACCCUGAAGCCCCCGGGCCCGUGCGGGGCUUUGGCAGCUACGGAAGAACCAAAAUAACGUUAACAUCGUCACAGAGAGACAGUGCAGUGUAG